AACAAACCGCCGCACAAUUGGGCGCUGUUUAAGCGGCCGCCAACCGGGAGCGAGUUUAUAGGUAUAUGGAGUGGAACAGUGUGUAGAUCUUGACUUCUGUACCAAGGGACGUAAGCUGGGUUCUUUUUUUGGUACUAUGGGGGGCAAUGAGAGUAGUCUGGGUAACAGGAAAGUAACCUUCGAGCUGGACGAGCAGGAGCGAGUGCGGGUGUUGCAGGGCAUCAGGCUUUCUGAAGAUGUAGUAAAACGAAUGAAGGAACCUCACCAGUCUAAAAGGGACCAGCAAUCAACACCUCUUCCUUGUCCGUCCUCAUCUCAAGUUACAGAAGGGGAAUCUAAAUUGCCCACAGAGGUCCAUCCACCGACAGUUGACUCCUUGGGUCGCAAGCCAUCUGAGGCAGAGGAGGAUCUGUACAAGAGGUAUGAACAAGAGCAAGCAAUGGUCCAGGAGGAGCUGCUCCAGCUGGCAAAAAGGGAACGAGAUGCAGCCAGAGAAAGACUGAAUUCCAUUCUUCAGCAAGAAAGGAGCAACACCAAUGAAGAAAGGCAGAAAACAGCCCAGCUGUCCCAGGAACUGCAGCGGAAGGAAGAAGAGCUGAAACAGAGGGAUGCCUUCUAUAAGGAACAGUUGGCCCGCAUUGAGCAGAAGAAUGCUGACAUCUACAAGAUGACUUUGGAGCAAUACAAUGAGGCAAUCACCAAUGCAGAAGAUCAGAUCAGGCGGAGAAACACACAACCUGUAUGUGCAAACCUGCAAGCAGAGAUCCUGAAGUGCUACAAUGAAAACAAACACCAAGUACUCAACUGCUCAGAGCUGGUCAAGGAGUAUCGGCGUUGUGUUAGCCUAGCACAAAAGGAACUGUUGGUCCAUUUCGAUUAAAGCCAAGCUGCCAGCAGAAGUACAGAGUGCAGGAGACCACCAAAGCUCUUCAAAACUCAGCAUCUUUUUGGAUUCUUGCUGAGGCAAACGAGUGCCUUCUGUGCAGUGUGGUCCAGGAAAGCAUCAUGUCUCCGAUAUACAGAUGCCUGCAUGUAUCAGUCUGAAUUGAUUGAUUUGGACUUGAGGAAGAGCCCCAAGUUUGGCGAAGCAGUGCUCUACAAAAUGGGCAUCAACAUCCUCAUCCUUCUUUCACAGAAAUUUCAUGGAGAGAAAAAUCCUCAUGGACAGAUUACAUUCUCCUUCAGCAUGCAAGACAGAGGCCUCCAGUAGAGGGGGAAAAGCUUGUUACCCGUUGUUUUCACUGUUACCCAGUCUGUGUUUUCUGAGAUGUUGCCUUUGUCCUUGUUCCUUAAUGCAAGGCAUCUGGGGAAUAUGGGGAAAUGCCAGAGGCCUACUUGUUAUGGUCAAUACUGCUCUCCAUGUGUGUUUGCAUUUGUUGAGUGAGUCCAACAGAAUCAUUCCUUCCCCUCCUCUUUAAAACUCUACCUAAGAACAAUAAAGAGUACUUGAUGGA